GCCGAUAAUGAAAGCACUGAACCGCGCCCCCUCAACACUCCGCAUGGCCCGCAAGAACAGUUUAUCGCACUUUGGUAUCGGCACGGCAAGCCGUGCAUGGGCCGAGCUUGGAACAGCAACGGCAGGAUUGACGCCUCGUUUGUUGAUGCUGGCCAUGAGUUCACUGGACACAUUGUUGGCUCUAUGCAAAUGCUCGUCGAACUGCCAGCCACGGCUGCUGGUUUCGAAUAUUGCUGGCUGCCGUACGAACAGGCCUCAGGCUACCAGGACAAAGAUUUUGCGCCCGUUCAUUUGAGUUACGUGGCACCAUGCGUGGUACAGCUUGAUGCCUAUGAGGUACUAGGGUCUGUUAAUCUGAAGAAGGAACGCGUCGAAGCUGCCAUUGACGGCCGCGUGCUGACUCUUGAUGGACCAAAAAUACGAACACUAAAG